CUACUCCAUCCCCAGCAACCCGACUGUGGGGCUUUACCAAAGAACCUCAGUUUGUCAUCGAUUCGCUCCCGUUCGCAGCGUCACCCCGCGCUAAAACCCUCUUUACAGCAAUAUAAUAGAAAGGAAAGGGAUCCCUCUCCUGGAUGCCCUUUCUUCUGCCCAUAGAAGAAAGAGGAAAGCGCCAUGAAAAGAUCCCUCCUCCUCCUCCUCCUCCUCUUCCUCUCUCUCUCCACCACCCUUCUCCCAUUCACAGCUCAAGCUUCUCCCACAGUGGGAGCUAUUGUCAGACACUUGUCUUCCGUUCUUAGAUGGACGAGGGCUUCUCCCAAAACCCCCCAAAGCGCUGAUGGGGAUUUUCUGGCCUUUGAGAGCGGGUACUUCGUGGAGACCGUCGCGGACGGGGACAAACUUGGGGUGGUGCCGCACACCAUUCGGGUCUCUCCGGAAGGGGAGCUCUUCGCUGUGGACUCCAUCAAUAAUAACAUCGUCCGGAUCACCCCGCCGCUGUCCCAAUACAGCAGGGCAAGACUAGUUGCUGGGUCAUUUCAGGGAUACGCAGGGCAUGUAGAUGGGAAACCGAGCGAUGCUCGUUUUAAUCACCCAAAAGGUGUCGCUAUGGAUGGCAAGGGAAAUGUGUAUGUUGCCGAUACCUCUAAUUUGGCUAUUCGGAAGAUAGGGGAAGGAGGAGUGACAACUAUUGCUGGAGGGAAAUCAAAUGUGGCUGGAUAUAGAGAUGGACCUAGCGAGGAUGCUAAGUUCUCUACUGAUUUUGAUGUGGUUUAUGUUGGAAAGACCUGUUCUCUAUUGGUUGUCGACAGAGGCAAUGCUGCUCUUCGUCAAAUUUCUCUUCAGCAGGAAGACUGUGAUUACCAGUAUAGCUCCAUUUCACCUUCAGAUAUUGCUAUGGUCAUUGGUGCAGUAUUGGCAGGAUAUGUUUCAUGCUUGCUGCAGCAUGGAUUUGGUGUUAUCUUCCAGAAGAAGCAAGCAUCAAAUCAGAUUGAACAGCAAGAUAGCACCAUUGUGGAGAAACCUGCUUUGAUUGUAGAAAGCUUGAAAGAGGAACAGAUUGCUGGAUGGCCAUCCUUUGGAAGACUUAUUUCUGACCUAUUUAAAUUUGGUAUUGAAGCAAUUGGUACUUUGCUUCUCAACCUCAUUCCACUCAGUGUCAGACGUGGCAGAGCCAAGGCAGGCCGUACUCCCCUUAAAGAUAGUCUUGUAAUGCCUGAGGACAAACCAGAGCCACCCCUGGUGCAGAAGCAAAAGGGCCCUUCACCUAUGUUAGAGACUCUGCAUGCCCCGAAUGUCAUUGGUGAUUCACCACCUAAGCCCCAGAAGAGCAGCAAACCACCAAAAUUCAAGGAUCCCUCUAGCAAGCAUAGGUCCUCAAAGAGGCAAGACUUCGCAGAAUUCUAUGGUUCAGGAGAGUCUCCUCAGCUUAGCUCAAAGAGCCAAAAAGAUCGGGUCCGGCACCGUCACCGUGACAAGACUGGAGAGGUUUUUGGAGCUGUGGGUCCAGAGCCAAAAUCAGUUGAGAUGAAGUCAGCGGACUACGGUGAACCAAAGUUUGAUCAUUACAACAUCAGGAGCAAGUAUGCUUCGGACAAUGCCUACCGCUACUGAAUGAUGUUAUUAUUGGCAUGUCACUGGCAUCCCGCAAUUACUUGUCUUGCUCCAUAUUCUCUUUACUAAUAUACAGUGGGUAUAUCCAGUGUAGUUCAGAAAUGUCAUGGCCAUGGCCAUGCUUUUAUCCUUUUCUGUGUUUUUGUUUUCUCCUCCUCCCAUGAAGAUACUGUUGGUUGAACUGGUUGUUUGGAAGAGGUUCUAUGAAAUGAUGUGUAGCCCUUGUAUGUUGUAGUUUUUGGAUUCCCGUAUUUUCUGGGAACACUGAUAAAUCAAGCAAUUUGCUCA